UAUUUCUUGUUUUUUAUCUUCAGAGUGAGAUUGGUGCGGGUAAAAAUGGUUCUGCGAAGGAUUACGAAGCCGAAAACCCAGGCUGCGAAACGAGCUCUGGUGGCUCGUCAGCCUCAGCUGGAGGAAGCGGAUAAGGACAUGAUGUUGUUGAGAGGGGUCAAGUGUCCGCAAACCGUGACGAAUUGCUUGAAAGAUAUAGCAUCCCUAAGGAAGCCUCUAGCGACGUUGUUUUCCAAGAAAAACGACGUGCGACCAUUCGAGGAUAUCGUUCCGUUGGAGAAUUUCAGUCGACAGCAUCACACCCCAUUAUUCGCAUUUGGUAGCCAUACGAAGAAGCGACCGGAUAACUUGAUACUCGGUAGGAUGUACGACUUCCACGUCCUCGACAUGGUGGAGUUCGGUAUCAGUAAUUACAAGGCUUUGAAGGAAUUCAAGACCAAGUGCGGAAAACCUGCGCUCGGAACGAAACCAAUGGUUGUGUUCACCGGGGACGAUUGGACCCGGGACCCCACGCUCGUCCGAAUCAGGAGUCUUUUGUUGGACAUCUUUCGAGGUCCAGUUGUGGAAAAGAUCCGGUUGAAGGGUCUGGAAUCUGCCGUCGUUUGUACCGUUUUGGAAGGCAAAAUCCUCGUCCGACAUUACAACGUGGCGUUGAAGAAGUCGGGGACUCGGACACCCCGGAUCGAAGUGGAAGAAGUGGGGCCUCGGUUCGACCUGACUAUCAGGAGAACGAAUCUCGCCUCGGAGGAACUGUACAAAACCGCGUGUCGCAAACCCAAGCUGCUCAAGGGCAAGAAGAAGAAGAAUGUCUCCAAGGAUAAACUGGGAUCAACUCUGGGUCGUGUCCACAUGACUCGGCAGGACCUGGACGAAUUGCAAACGCGAAAGAUGAAGGCUUUGAAGAGGAAAUCCGAUCCGAAGAGUAAAGAAAAGAAGAGUGGGAAAAGAUCGAAACCGAGUGAAGAGCAGGCAAUGGAAACUGACAAGAGAAGAAGAAAUAUGCACUGCGUUGAAGGCGCUAUGUCACUUGUCCUAAUGAUGCUUGUCCUACUUGCAUCCGACUAUGGAGUUGUUGCGCAGGAAUCAAGUACAUCAGCUGCUCCAAGCUGUGACUCACCACCGUCGCCCGCUGACGUGGACGCCAUGACAUCCCUGGUGAUGGUGCGCAAGGCAGAGAAAAGUGACAACAUGGUCGUUCAAAUCAACCGGACAUUCGCCUUCUACAUGUGCGAGGGGCCAGGCUUUGUGUUCAACUUCCUCGUUGACUUUCCACUCAGGAACCAAAUGGCUCUGUGGUGUGAGGACCGGCGACCGGGUGUCUGGUACCCAACUGAUGUGGUACCACGCUGUCUGCCUGAAAGUGUGAAGCUACAAACGAGCCUAGGUGGGAAGGAAGACUCUCUUCUUGCCGCUCUCAUGCUGUUCCGUAUGACAACCCGCGGAACUGUGCCAUUCCUCGACGUGAACCCGGACACGGGGCUCAUGAGUACAGCCGGAGUGACGUUGGUCAAGUCGGCUUUCAAGACUCUCGAGGAUUCUUUGGGCUCAUCAUCUGUGGACGCACUGGAAGCAGCUGUGGCCGAGGUCGGCCGCAACGCGUUCUCGCGACGAGACCCAUUCUCCUAUGACGACAUCCUGGCUAUGGCUGUGGCAGCGCAGAAGGCGAAUGACCCGAAUACAGCUGCUGCCACUGGUGUGCUCUAUGGACAGACCCGGGCGUCGUCGGACAAGAAAGUCACUGGCACGAUUGGCGCUCUCAUUGGGGCAGGAGUUUUCAUCGCCAUAUUUAUGAUGUGCACCAUUAUGUCCAGAAUGAGGGGCGGCUGAAAUCAUCCCGUCGGCCAUCUUGACGAUUACUUGUACAGUAUGUGCAUACCGUAUAUGCAGUACAGUACGUGCUCUUCGGACGACUGCAACUUUCCCGUUUUCAAUUCAAUUUCCGAUUCUUUCAACUGUAUUGAAACAUUUAUUUCCCCUCUAUUCGCGCUUGGUGUGAUGCGUACGUGUUUGCGUGUGAAUGCUGCUGCGUCUUGCCAAAAUGAAUGUGCAUGAGUGAGAUGAACGGAAUACAUGCUUGACACGAGAAAUCAUGCUGUCUGUCAACAUUCUCGCGGGUUUCAAUUUUAUUAUUAUGCCGAUUCGAUUUCUUUAUCGUGUGGUCUGCUAAUUUGAUUGACGGACUGGCUGCUGCAGAUCUUGCCGAACAACUUAAUCUCCUAAUUUUUUUGCAUGACUCAUCAGAAGAUAAUCGCAUCGCGAUGAUUUUCAGAGGA